UUUGCUUGACCCAAAAUCGUGUUAAAAUUACACCUAGUGUUAACAUACUGACUCUUCCAUAGUAACAAGAAAUAUGGCGUCUAAUUGAAGGACGCCCUGAACACAUUCUGUUUAAUUUGACAAUAUUUACCACAAAUCACAUGAACAAAGAAUUAGUUAUCAGCAAUGAGUAAUCUUUCACCAUUUGGAGCUGGAAAAAAUCCACCUUGGGUUCGAAAUGCAGGUCAAGGCAUCCAAAAUAUCCAGCAACAAAUGCUGGGCCAAGCUAUGGGAGGUAUUGGAGGACAACCAAUGGUUCAGUAUCAACAACAAACACAACAAGUCUAUCAGCAAAGCCUUGGCUUGCAGCAGCCUAAUAUAACAAUGGCAUCAAUGGCAAGCCUCGGCUCAAAUCUGCCCAGCGGAAUAGCGGGUCAGCUGUAUCCACAAGUAGCUACUGUAUCAUAUCCUACACCAAGAGCUUUAAAUACCAAUGCGUUUCAACAAUCUGUGGCAAAUGUUGCUCAACAAGUCCAGCAAAAUGUAUCUGCCACGACUACCAAGCAACGAGUAUUUACAGGCACUGUCACGAAAGUCCAUGACAAUUUUGGGUUUGUCGAUGAAGAUGUCUUUUUCCAAACAAGUGCCUGCGUCAAAGGGUCAAACCCAAUAGUUGGUGAUAGAGUCCUAGUAGAAGCUUCCUAUAAUCCGUCUAUGCCGUUCAAAUGGAAUGCUACUCGAAUCCAAGUACUGCCAAUGGGAUCAAGUACCAACAACGUAAACCCGCCUCAGGUCCAGAACCAAGCGUCUAGACCCCAAUCAAACAGAACAUCAGGGAAUUACAAUGCUGUUCCUCCCCCCAACGAAAGUUCAGGCAACAGGUUUGCAGGAAAUGCUGGUAGUAAUAACAGUAAUAAUCGCAACAAGAGUGGAAGAGUGAGAGAAAGAUCACCGCGAGAUCGUAGGAAUGACGAUGAAGAUGUUGAAAGAAAACGGAGACGAGAAGAUCGAAUUAGAGAGCGUGAGAAAAAAGAAGAGAGAAGUCCAUCCAGGACACGAAGAAGCAAAUCCCCCAGACCUCGUAGGCGUACUAGGGUUGUACCACGAUACAUGGUGCAAAUACCAAAAAUAGCUUUAGACCUGCCUGAAGCUGAUGUCCUGGAAAUUCGUAGACGAUAUCAAAAUAUGUACAUUCCUAGUGACUUCUUCUCGACAAACUUCAGAUGGGUAGAUGCCUUCCCACCGCACAUGCCAUUCACACUCAACAAACCAUGUUCUUUUCACGUAAUGCACAAAGACAUAGAGCCUUACGCUGAAAACACAACCGUGCUUGAGCCUCCGGAUGCUGACUACCUCUUUUCUGCAAAGGUGAUGUUAAUGUCUAUGCCCGCAAUGGAAGAGAUCUAUAAAAGAUGUUGUGGCGUCACAGAAGAUAGAGAUCCUGAUCGUGACUAUGUACAUCCGACUCGACUGAUUAAUUUUCUGGUCGGUCUACGAGGAAAAAAUGAAACAAUGGCGAUUGGCGGCCCAUGGAGUCCCUCUCUAGAUGGACUCAAUCCGGAAAAAGAUCCUUCUGUUCUCAUUAGGACUGCCAUUAGGACGUGCAAGGCAUUGACUGGCAUAGAUCUCUCCAAUUGCACUCAAUGGUACCGCUUCCUGGAGCUCUACUACAGACGAGCGGAGACAACCCACAAGUCGGGACGAAUCGUGCCGUCUCGUGUUGAAACCGUCAUACUAUUUCUCCCAGAUGUUUGGAGCUGUGUACCAACCAGGCUGGAGUGGGAUGGGCUACAUCUCAGCUAUAAGAAACAACUGGAGCGAAAGCUGCUGCGAGCUGCCUCUAACCCAGAUGAUGCCGAUCCUGCCAUUGAUGCUGACGAGGCUGCCGCUGCUGAUCAAAAGGAUGACUCUAUCACUGAAAAAAAGGACCCUACUCACUACACCGAGCUAGAUCCAAAAACGAUGAACGUCAAUGAUCUACGACAAGAAUUAGCAGCUCGGAAUUUGAGUUUCAAGGGCUUGAAGUCACAAUUAUUGGCACGGUUGACCAAGGCUCUGAAAUCUGAGCAAGCUAAAGAGGAAGGUAGACAAGAGGAAGUGGAUGAAAAUGAAAAAGAUGAUUCACCGCCACCCAAAGAGGAAUCCAAAGACGACAAAAAAUCUAAAGACAACAAAGAGCAUGAUGAAGAUAAAAAAAAGCUGUUGGAAAGGGAGCGCAUUCUGCUCGAAAAGCGGUACUCCCUUCCUGAAGCAUCUCACAUUAUUGUUCACCCUUCCCGCACAGCUAAAAGUGGAAAAUUCGAUUGUACCGUCAUGUCGCUCAGUGUUUUAUUAGAUUACAGACCUGAAGAUACAAAGGAACAUUCCUUUGAAGUAUCUCUAUUUGCCGAAUUGUUCAACGAGAUGCUUAUGAGAGACUUCGGUUUCCGGAUUUAUCGAUCUCUAUGUAGUCUUCCAGAAAAGCUGAAGGAUAAAGAGGACGAUAAAAAAAAAGAGAAAAAAGAAGAGAAAAAAGAGGAUAAGGACCGAAAGAAGGAAGAUGACAAGAAGUCCAGAAAAGAUGACAAGAAGGAUGAUAGAAAGGAUGACAAAAAGCGCGAAGGAAGCAAGGAUAAAAAGGACGAUAAAGAAGCCAAAAGCAGAACGGAUGAUAAAGCGGAGAAAGAUAAGGAUAAGAUGGAGGAGGAUGAAGAAGAAGAUGAUGAAGAAUCUGAGGAUGAUGAUUCUACAAAGGAUGGCAAAAAAGACAAGGACAAGGAUGAAAAGAAGAGAAAGGCCAAGUUAUACACACAUGAUCCAUAUUUGCUUUUAGCAUUUGUAUAUUUUGAUCAAACACAUUGUGGAUACAUCUUUGAUAAAGACAUCGAAGAAUUGAUUUAUACUCUUGGAUUAAAUCUGUCCAGAGCUCAAGCGCGCAAGCUAGUGCAAAAAGUUGUGAUUCGAGAUUCUUUACACUACCGUAAAUUGACCGAUAAAUCCAAAGAGGAGGAAGCAAAGGAUGACAAAAGAGAUGAUAAAGAUUUAGAGAAAGUGGAUGGCGGUAACAAGGUAGAUAACGAAGAAGAAGUAUUGCGGUCACUCGCGCUGGGCAAUAAAAAAUUACUCCCUGUGUUUGUCGGGAGUGGUCCAGCUUCCAAAAGAGCUCGAAGAGAGGAUAGCGAGAACGGAGAGGGGGAAGGCGAAUCAGUCCCCGAAGGUUUUGUAUUGUACAAAGGCUCAUUGUUGGAUGUUGAAAAGUUGGUAAGUCAACUUAAACGAUCUGAAAAGGCUCGACUUGAUACCGAAGCACGAAUGAUGGAGCUGCAGCACGAGCUGGGCUCUCUUGGCGAUAAGGCAUCCAAGCAAAGCAGCACGAUCAAAGACCUUUCAGAGGAUCUGAAAUCGUAUAAGGAUAAAUUAAGAAAUACCGAUGAUAAGCUCAAGAAGGUCUCGGCUGAAACGCACACGUACCUAACUUCUUUGAAGAGUGUAUAUCACAUAGCGGCCAAAGCAAUACCGGAAUCGAAAAGGGUGGAAAUAGUUGAAAUUCAGGAUGAAAAAGGGGUGGCUGAAGUAAACGGUGCACAGAUUGAGCACAAAUCUAAGUCAGACAGUCGUUGGAGUGACAAUAAAGUCAGCAUCAAGAAGGAGCCAUCUGAUGCUGAUAAAGAGAAGAAAUAAUUAUUUCCAAGAGAUUAUUAUUUAUUAGGUCUAGGGUCAGAAUGCCAUAACGUCAUUCGAUUGACAAAUUUGUAUCGCUGAAAAUAGUUUCAAAUGGUAAGCAAGCUUUUCAAAAGCAAUGCGAUAACGAGGUCUACCAAUGAAACUAUAAAACCUUUGAUAAUUAGUUAAUCAUUAAGAGGUGAGUUCCAAGUAAACUAUUCAGCUAUGUUCGUGCCGUUGUGAGACUGACUCAAUGCACUGGUUAUCCAGUGAUCGACUAGUAUCUACAUUAGGCUGGUCCUUAUUUUGGGCAUGUUUGAAUUUUUUUCAAAUAUAUAAAAAAAAUGCUUGUCAAAAUGCAGCCUCUAAUUUUUAUACUAACCCGUGCCCCACGGCAGUCGAAGUUUCAAAUGUAAAUAACGACUGAAAAUGUCAUCUCGUUCUUUGCAAUUUUGUAAGUCGUUAACAUAUAUACUUAAAAUUCUGGACUAUGGUUUUUAUAGGAAAUUUAACGUUCUACAAAAAAGGUCUCUUAUGAAUUUUUACAAUAUGUGUGCCAAAUUGAUAAAGCCCGUACAUUCAACUUUGACCUCGAAUAUCUAUUGAACCGAUAAAGCUAACAAAAAAUCAAGGGUUGCAAUUUGGCAAGCAUUUUUUUUUUUUAUAUAUUUUGAACCGAUUUAGGACUAUCGUCAAAAAAAAUUCAAACAUACCCAAAAUAAGGACUACCCUAAUCUACAUCUAUUGCAAUCUUACUAUUCAUCUGGUCUCGAACACCUGUUAGCCAAGUUCACUUCACUCUUAAUUCAUUAAUUACCGUAAGUAUAUUACUUUCAAGUUGAUCGAAUCAAAGGCGUAAAAAUUUUAAGACACCAUAUUGAUUUUACCCUUCAACUAUCCAUACAGAUUUAACCCACUCCAAAAUUAGUAGGAAUAACUAAUUGCGGCAGGGAAGAAAUAGUGAAUAUGAAAAAUAGUAAAUAUGAAGUAGUGACGUUUGGAGCAGACUUCAAUAGGAAAAUCCGUUUAAUCAUCCAUUGAAUAUCACCGAAGUUUUAUACCUCUUCUCAUACCACUUUGGUGUUUUAGUUCCUUCAUAGUGAAAAAGCUAGAUAGACAAAUAAAAAAUGUAUAACGAUAUGUAUUCGGUUGCCCUGCCUUCAGGUGAAAAAGAGGGCCAAAGUUUGCGCCUUGUAACCAUUUCAUCGUGUUGGUCUAAUCAGAAUUUCAAUUAUCCUUCAUCAAUUCGAAUAAUUAUCGCCUGCCGGACCAACACAGACUCAUUUAUCAAGACCUUUCUAAUACCCUAAUCAUAAGUAAGCUGGUUUGUAAUAUUUUAGCGAGGUAAAAUGUUUGUAAAAUUUCAAUUAUUUAUGUUCAAAAGCUCAUUAAAAGAGAAAGAAACUAAAAACAGA